CGCCGCUCCCGCCGCCGGAGAUGUUCCCCGGGGCGGGGAGGGAAGGGGAAGGGCAGCGUGGGGAGGCGGCACCGCUCUCCCACCUGCUCCCCCCUCCGCCGCCGGCUAGGUUAGUGAUGAGGCGGCCGUGGGGAGAGGUUGGCGGGGAGCAGCCGGCGGAGUUUGUUUGCUGCCUGUCCCCGUCUCCCUGAUGCUCUGAGCCGGAGUCUCCUCCUCUCCCCGGGCUCGCACCCGAACUGGAUGCUCCGCUCGCUCCUCGCUUCGCUGCUACAGUCGCAAGGCGCUUCCCACCGCCCCGCAGGAAAUGGAGCCGUCUGUUGCCCCACUGGACACCACUCCGGACCCCGCCAUCGUGCAGCCCCCUGGGGCCAGCCCGCCGGUGCCGCCCCGGGAGCAGCCUCCCCAAGAGCAGCUGCGGAUCGGGGAGAGCGGGCAGUUCAGCGAGGGUCUGGAGGACAGAGGUUUACUAGAAAGCAGCACAAGGCUAAAACCUCAUGAAGCUCAAAGCUACAGAAAGAAGGCAUUGUGGGUUUCCUGGGUCUCCAUUAUUGUCACACUGGCUCUUGCAGUGGCUGCUUUCACUGUCUCCGUAAUGAGAUACAGUGCAUCAUCAUUUGGAUUUGCUUUUGAUGCUACCCUGGAUGUUUUGUCUUCGGCGAUAGUUUUGUGGCGUUACAGCAACGCAGCUGCUGUGCAUUCUGCACACAGGGAGUACAUAGCUUGUUGUAUCUUGGGUGUCAUAUUCCUCCUGUCAUCUAUAUGUAUCGUGAUCAAAGCCAUCCAUGACCUUGCGAAGAAAGUGCUUCCAGAAGUGGAUGAUUUUCUCUAUAGUGUCUCCGUUCUAAGUGGAAUCCUUUGCACUGCCUUGGCAGUAAUCAAAUUUAUGCUGGGAAAGGUCCUUACAAGCAGAGCGCUGAUAACCGACGGCUUCAACUCUCUUGUAGGUGGAAUAAUGGGAUUUUCCAUCCUUCUCAGCGCAGAAGUUUUUAAACACAAUUCUUCUGUCUGGUAUCUGGAUGGCAGUAUAGGAGUUUUAAUUGGACUUACAAUAUUUGCCUAUGGAGUCAAGUUGCUCAUCGACAUGGUCCCCCGCGUACGGCAAACGCGCCACUACGAAAUGUUUGAGUGAAGACCACAGCCUCUCCUCUGUCAGGACUGUAAAACUACAGCAUCCUAUGUCUUGGCAAGUGGUGCCAAUGGUAUUUUACUAAAUAUGCAGUUUGUUUCCCGUGGUCUGUUUUUGUUGCAGUUUGUUUCAAUGGGAAAUCUCUCUGUAAAGCUGGCAUAUGUGCACACUGCUUGCAGUUCUGCCAAACAGCAGCAUUUCUUUCCUUU